AACAACUUCAGGCAAGCCAAGUGACUUGGCUACGGUGAUCUUUCGUAACAAAACCAAAAGUCCUUUCUAUAUGAGAAGAGGAGUGUGUUGAUUCCAAUUCAUUUCAUUUAAGGUGUUGGGAUUUUGAAUCAUACAACUGUCAUAGAGGAUUAUCCAGAGUCCAAGAUGCCUUUUCCAUUCAUAUUACCCACUACGUCGUCAUUCUCAUUCUCCUCAAGCUUCACCUGCGAGUCUCACCCCUCACUACCCCUGAACACAAGUACUCAUCGAGGGGUUGUGAAGGACUCAUUGAAAAAACAUAAGCGGCUCCCUGCAACAUCUCAGAAUCCCAACUUGCCAUCUAUACUCUCCAACUUGAAUAACUAUCUUCCAUAUCUCCUCGCUAUCGAUGCUGGCUUAAGUAAUAAAGCAAUCUCAGGAGAAGAAGUCAGUGUCGUUCUAACUUCUAAUCCCACUAUCGAAUGGCGACCUACUUUAUCAGACCAUGCGGUGCCGGGCAAGGAAAUAGCCAGGGUCAAAGUCCAGUCUAUAGAAUAUGAAUUGUUCUUUGCUCUCUCCGCUGUGGGCUAUACCCAUACUCUGCUUGCUCGCGCUUCUCUGCACCCGCUUUACGUUACGUCAGGCGUGCCACUCAGCACACAAGAACGGACUACAGCUAUAACAACAGCAACAAAACACUUGCUAGAUGCAGCUUCGGUACAUGACUACCUCGCCCGUCGAGCAGAAGGUUGGGUUACAACACCUCCAUGCGCUGAUAUUUCGCAAUCUAUCGCCCGAGCCAUGUCUUCACUCGCUCUGGCCGAAGCAACUCUACUUGCCGUCCUCAAAGACGAUCCGUACCCGGCAGUUGUAGCACAAGACCGCAACGACAACGACCGGGAGUGGAUGUACAAGGCACCGGAGAUCCCCAAGGUCCGAGCCCAUUUAUUUGCUCGACUUUGUCUUGCAGCCGCAGAUCAUGCAGGUCAAGCAUCUUCUCUAUGCCAAUCUCAAGGAAGAGGACCCUCAAAGCUUAACGAAGGAUUGCUGCGUUAUCUAGAGGACUUCAGGAAGACGAGCCGGGCAAAAGCAUGUCGUUUCUUUGGAAUAGACGCUGAGUUAGGGGGCCAGACUGGAAAUGCUCUGGGUUGGCUACGAUGUGGUCUUCAAGAGCUCGGGGUCGAGUCAAAAGAGACUAAAAAGGGUAUCAGUCUUACCCGAAUGAAGAAGGAUUGGUCAGAGAGGAGGGAAGACAAGAAAGUCGAAAGGGGCACCAAUUGGGGCGCUGACGCAGGUAGGGUGGAGGAGACGAGAGUCAUCGAGAUGUUGGAGGCAAAGUGGACGAAGAUCAAUGAUACGAUGAUGACCCAGACUGUCCCACCACCUGGCACAUUACUGGCUAGUCUUCCGUCCGGAAGAGAGAUACACGCCGUUAAACCUUACCAACUCCCAGAUCUCGGAAGGGAAUCUCUCGAGGCGAUGCGUGCUCCUCCAGAUCGGUCAGACGAUUUCGGAGACGAACAAUUUAGCUCGGACGAAGAUACCGUUGUCGAGACGCCGGUAGGCGCAUUCCCUGGCACGUCAGACGAGUACCGAAGCGCCAGCACGAGGUCAUAUUAUUAGAGGUACCUAUAUCUUCAAAUGAAGCGGAGAGGGAAAUGACUGCAUCAUGCCACUUUUGUCACGAAGGUAGGGUUUGAGGUCCGUCACAUCGCUAUGUUAAUUCAUAUUAGCGUAGGCGUUUGUGUAAAUAGCUUAACAGUAUAUAGGAACUAUAAUACACAAGCCUUUAGGCAGAUGCAGUCUUAAAUAGAAUAUAGACAUUGGUAAAGCCUUGUCAUUGCCUGCUUUAGGCUUCCCAGCCCAUUUUCUAGCG